AUGGACGGAUCAUCCGCACCAUCCAGUGUGGCCCAAGACGCGUUUCUGAAGUUGCAAUGGGCGUUUCUUGGACUAGUUUUCUGGGAGCACCUGACGCACAUGGACCAUGAUUGGCGUUUGGCGCGCAAUGCGCCUCCUUGGCGGUGGCCACUCACAACCUGGGCUUACCUGCUCUCCCGGUACAGCAUGUUUCUGACGAUAAUCUUAUCUGUGAGCGGCGUGGGCGCUAUACCCUGUAACACUGCUGUCCGUUUGUUCUUCGCAUUUCCAUAUCUCUUCUUCGUGUCUUCAACAUAUCUGAUCGUUGCACGGACGGUCGCUAUAUGGGCUCGGGCACUGUGGGUCGUAGUCGUAUCUUGCGUUGGUAUGACAGCACAAGUGGCUGUCGCGAUAUACGCUCUUGCCAUCUUUCGAGCCGACUACCAACUUUUACCUGGUUCGACCACCUCACAAUGUGUUCCCGUCGAGUUACGCAGCGUGCAAUCUACUGCAAGCACGAACACGGGUGUCGACAUGAUCAUCCUGGCAAUCAUGUUCACGGGUCUAUGGCGUCGGCCUGAAACUCGCGCUCGGGGAAGAGCUGGACUUGUCCGCGUACUAUGGGCCCAGGGACUCACCCUACUGGCGAUAGUAUUCAUCGCAGGUAUCCCGCUCAUAGUGCUCAUAGCUGUGAAUAUCAACGUGGUUGGGCUCACUAUUGCGAUUACUGCCUCCUUCAUACUACAAGGCUUGGGGGCGACACGCAUGGCUCGCAACCUUUAUGAGGAUCCGACGCUCACGCCCAUUCCCAAUGACCCAAAUGCCUCCUCGUCCUCGGAACAACUAGAGCUAUCUACGGUAGAUGCCCCUGUCUCCUAUCUUGACCUUGCCUGCACAGGGAAUAAAGCCGCAAGCUCGUCGUCUGUGGUCUGA